UGCUUAACCUGAUUAAAGUUUCUUGUUUCCGUUAUAAACCAUGUCAUCACUAAGAAAAGGACAGAAAAUCAAAAACCCAUAGGAGCCUUGCCUUCGCCUCUUUAGUAUCUAGAAAUUGCUGCUGUUUUUGGAUCAAUUUUUUUUUCCAUUCUCUAACACAGCCCCUGAAAAUCGAGCUGUUAACGUCAACCAUGAUUCAGGCGGACACGUUUCUCAGCCAACAAUUCAGCAGUUAACCCCUCAAUUAGAAGUUGGUUCUUUUUAGCAGCGUCACAGUCAUAAUCAGAGCUGUUGAUUCUGUGAGAAGAAGGAACAAUAAUGGAGAAAUCAGUUCCUGUUAAGGAUGUUCAACAACUCAAUGAAAAUCUCCAUCACUCUUUUUCUUCUGCUUCUCAAAGACAUGUAACUUACAGCUGUGGUUCGUGUGGGUAUGAGCUAAACCUAAGUUCCACCAGUCGAAACACCGCAACAAUUGGCUCCAAAUAUGGAAAAUCUAUAAAGCGAGGGAUUAUAUCAUUCUUCAAUAUAGAUGAGAGCAGAUUUACGCAAGUUGAUGAGUUCCAAUGCAUUCCCAACCUUUCAAAACACUCGUGGGGUUUGUUCCGCCAUAAAACCAAACUUCUCUGCCGCAAGUGUGGCAAUCACAUUGGAAAUGCUUAUGAUGAUAAAACUUCAGGCUACCCUCUUGUAUUAGAUGGGUCCAAUUCAUCCUCUGGUAAUGAAGUUUCUAGCCAUAGAAAAUAUGAUAUUAGAAUCCGUGCCUUACAGCCUUUAUCUGCUACAACACUUUUUGUGUGAUUUACUAGAGUGAUGUCUUCAUCAUUUACUGUCUUGCAAUUGCAUUAUCAAUGAUGAGCGUUUUCUUGUGGGAUUAUUAUUGUCUAUAGCUGUUUUGAGUCCUUUCAUUCUAUGUUUUCUUUGUUGUUUUGUUAAAUGUCAUCCCAAUAUUUCAUGGUAACUCAAUGUACAUAAAAGUAUCUAAAAGGAAAGUAGUGUGGAGUUUUGAAAGGAGUUGAUGGGUUGAGCAAAGUAAUGUCACUACCAAAUCUGAAUGUAAACGUUCAGGUAAUGUCUUUUGAGUUGAAUUAAUCAAGUUUUUUUUUUUUUUUUGGCUAUUGAAGAUUAUUGGAAUUAUUGCUGUUCCUUUCUUAAUUAAGCAAACUAACUUUGCUUGAGUUCUGUGUUUAGGUUGAACUACUUCUCCAAUUUCGUAUUUGGUUUUGCUUUCUCUUUCUCAUAUAAAUCAUCAUCUAGACCUUUGACCAAACAAAAAUUACAUCAACCUUCAUAAUAAUAUCUUUUCUAAGGUUCCAUUUAUUUCACCGAAAAUAACUUUCAAAAAAUAAUUUCUAUAUUUUCAUGUGUUUAUUUGAGAGAAAAUUGAUUGGUAAACGAAAAAUGACUUAUUGAUCAAUGAAAAAUAAGGUCAUUUUUCUUAAAAUUGUCUUACCCUUUUGAAAAGAAAAAGAUAAUUUUCGAAAAAAACUGUGUAUGAAUAGAAUUACUUAUCAAUGUGUAUGAGUUUAAUUUUAUCUAAAUGACAUUGUAUAUGAUUUCUUUAAGCUUAAAUUUAAUUUGA